AUGGCAUCGUCACCAGAUGAAGACUCCAUGACCCAAAGUAUAUGCAAAAAUUCUGAUCCAAAUACGGAGAUAGAAAAUUCCAACAUAAAAAUUCCUAUUCAACGCCGUCGUUGUAGAAACCCACCAGAAUUAGAGGAAACUAAUAAAGAAAUGAAGAAAGCUUUUUCAACUUUGAAUAGUGAACUUUAUAAACAACAGACAAAAGAUUCAGAAGACAAUUGUGAUUUAUAUGGUAAACUACUUGCAAAAAAAUUGAGACAGUUUACAGAUAUAGAAAAACAAGAAUAA